AGCGAAAUUAAGAGCCGCACAAAUUUGGCGAAGAAAUUUUCGCCCUACCGUCACAUUUCCUUCCUUUACGCAGUGAGGUUACCAGCGGUCGGCAACACAACAUGGCGACUUUCAAACUACAAAUUCCUGCAGUUUCCAAAGAAUCAUUUGGUUUUCAUGAGGCACUGAAGGCUGCCAUUGCCGUUUCGGCUUUUGCACCCAAAACUAAGGUCGAAGGAGCUGCUCCUUGCAAUUCCGUUCGUCUGACUGAUGCCAAAGACGCCAGCAAGUACAUUUCUGACGCUAAUGCCAUCGUCAGCUACUUGUACUGGAAGAACACAAACUUGACUGCAGAAAAGUUCUUGUCGGUUGAGCACAAGCUUCUCGAUUGGGAUUCCUUGAACCUUUCUCCCCUCUUGAUUGCUGCUGAUGCUCCCGAGAAGCGUCAAAUUGUUCUCACUCUCCUUGAUAAUGCCAUUCAAAAUUUCAAACUUGAUGCUUCUGUGACUCCUGCUAACGUUAUCAUUUUUGCCGAUGUUUACAGCCUCAUUAAUGGUCCCGAAGAAUUGGAGCCCUUCGAGACAUUGAAGUCUUUCUAUUCGAAGUUCGCCGCCCAUCCCUUCUUCCAAAAGUCCUUGAAUUUGGCUAUUGAGAAGACCAAGGGUCAAACGGCCGAGAUCUCCUCUGAGCAGAUUCCCAUUUCCGAGGAGACUCGUAAAUUGCGUCCCAAAAUUGAGUUGAUGCAAGAGCGCAAGAAGAGCGGUGUUUUGCCCAAGCCCAACAGCCGUAAUAUCCUGAUUACGUCUGCUCUUCCUUACGUGAACAAUGUGCCUCACUUGGGUAACAUUAUUGGUAGUACUCUCAGUGCUGAUGUGUUUGCUCGCUAUCACCGUGCCCGUAACAACACUACUUUAUAUAUUUGCGGCACUGAUGAAUACGGUACUGCUACCGAGACCAAGGCCCUCGAGGAGGGUGUUUCACCCAAGGAGCUUUGUGACAAGUACCACAAGCUUCACAAGGAGGUUUACGACUGGUUCCAACUUGAUUUCGACUUCUUCGGCCGUACAACUACCCCUAAGCAAACCGAAAUUUCUCAACAUAUUUUCAACAGAUUGUAUGAGAGAGAUUAUAUGGAGGUUGACUCUAUGACUCAAUUGUACUGUGAGGAGCACAAGGGUUUCUUGGCUGAUCGUUAUGUUGAAGGUACUUGUCCCAAAUGUGGUUUUGAUGAUGCUCGCGGUGACCAAUGUGAUGGUUGCGGUCAGUUACUUAACGCUUUCGAGCUUAUCAAUCCUACCUGUAAGCUUGACAAGACUACUCCCGUGAAGCGUGAGACUCGCCAUAUUUUCUUGAGCUUGGACAAGCUCCAACCUCAAAUCCAGGAGUGGUUCCAAAAGUCUUCGAAAGAAGGUCACUGGUCCAACAACGGCGUUGCCAUUACGGAUUCUUGGUUGAAGGAGGGACUUCGUCCUCGUUGCAUUACCCGUGACCUCAAGUGGGGUACGCCCGUUCCUCUUGAAGAGUUCAAGGACAAGGUAUUGUAUGUUUGGUUCGAUGCUACCAUCGGCUAUAUUAGUAUCACGGCCAACUACACUGAUGAAUGGAAGCAAUGGUGGAAGAACCCCGAGAACGUUAAGCUUUAUCAAUUCAUGGGUAAGGACAACGUUCCCUUCCACACUGUCAUUUUCCCCGGUUCGCUUCUGGGUACCGAUGAGAAAUGGACCAUGCUCCAUCACAUCAACACUACCGACUACCUUAACUAUGAGAGCGGUAAGUUCUCCAAGUCUCGUGGAAUCGGUGUUUUCGGCAACAAUGCCAAGGAGCUUGGUCUUUCACCCUCCGUCUGGCGUUACUAUCUUUUGGCCAGCAGACCCGAGACUUCCGACACGAUGUUCACGUGGAAGGAGUUCAUUACUCGCCACAACUCUGAGUUGUUGGCUAACAUCGGUAACUUGGUCAACCGUGUGGUCAAGUUCACUACGGCCAAGUACAAUGGUUUGGUUCCUUACUAUCUUGAAGAUGCUUCAGUGGGCUCUGGCAAGCUCAAGACUGAAUUGGUGAAGGACGUGAACGCCAUCCUGCGCAAGUACAACACUGCCUUGGAAGCCGUCAAGCUUCGCGAGGGUCUGCGUAUCGCUAUGGAGCUCUCUGCCCGCGGCAACCAGUUCUUGCAAGACAACCGUGUUGACAACAAGCUGUUCACGAACGAGAGACAGAAGUGUGCUGAUGCUAUUGGUUACACUUUGAACCUUGUAUACCUUCUCGCCUCUAUUCUCUCUCCCUUCAUCCCCGCUACGAGCGACAGUAUCUACAAGCAACUCAACGCUCCCGCUCUUGCCAUUCCCGACGAGUGGACCCUGGACUUGCUUCCUGGACACCGCAUUGGCAAUGCCGAGUAUCUCUUCACUCGUAUUGAUGAGUCUAUGGAAGAGGUCUGGCGCGGCAAGUACGGUGGUUCUCAAAAGUAAGCUAGCAGUUUACCAUUAAGAUGAACUGAACUCGAUAUGAGCAAGGGCUCUUGUUUCUUUACUUUACGUUUUGGAUAAACGACUCCUUACUUUUUGGAAUUGGAGGAGAGCAUCACUGCAUGUGUGUGUUUACAGGAGAACAAAAAAUUUGAUAUUAAUUUGGACACGAUCAUUUACUAUACCAUAUAGAAAAUGCAAUGAGAUGCAAAUCAUAAAACAUGAAA